CGCGGACGACGGCAAGAGUACGGCAGCGCUCCCCACACCCUCCACGCCGCCGCCGCCAAUUUAGAGUGUCCAGGGUCUGGGCGUCGCUACCCGCUGGCUACCCGCUCGCUCGCUCGCACACGACGACAGCAGCGCACGGGGCGACUUGGAGGACCACGCAGGGCGACACGGACGACGUCCACGGGGACCCGAGCGAGCGGUGGCUGGCCGCGAGAGAAGGCACGAGUUUUGGUUAUUCAGCACCCAUCGGAGGAUUUAUUUAAUGCUGCGGGGGGGGGGGGGGGGCUUGGGGUUAGUCCGGAGAGAAAGAGAGAGGAGAGCGCGAGACACAGCCUCGGCUCGCUCGUAAGCAGCGGAGGGCGAUGGUGCCACGGACCUUGACAAACAUGAGUUGGGCGAACGUCACGAGCCACGGCUACAACGACACGGACAGCGACGCCAGCGCCGUGGUCAUCCCCUUCAUCUACGCGGUCGUGUGCUUCGUGGGACUCCUGGGCAACUCCAUGGUGAUCUACGUGAUUUUCCGCUACGCCAAGAUGAAGACGGCCACCAACAUCUACAUCCUGAACCUGGCCAUCGCCGAUGAACUCUUCAUGCUCAGCGUGCCCUUCCUGGCCACGUCCGCGGCCAUGCACCACUGGCCCUUCGGCUCGCUGCUCUGUCGCCUCGUGCUCAGCGUGGACGGCAUCAACAUGUUCACGAGCAUCUUCUGCCUCACGGUGCUGAGCGUGGACCGCUACGUGUCCGUGGUGCACCCCAUCAAGGCGGCGCGCUACCGGAGGCCGAGCAUCGCCAAGAUGACCAACGUGUGCGUGUGGGGUCUGUCGCUCGUGGUCAUUCUGCCCAUCAUCAUCUUCGCCGACACCGAGACGAGCGGCGGCGGCGGCGACGACGACGACGCCGACGCGACCGACUCGGGCCCCGUGGUGUGCAACCUCAUGUGGCCUCACGCCAACUGGUCGGUGGCGUUCAUCAUCUACGUGUUCCUCGUGGGCUUCCUGGUGCCAGUGGUGGCCAUCUGCCUCUGCUACCUGCUCAUCAUCGUCAAGAUGCGCGUCGUCGCCCUCAAGGCGGGCUGGCAGCAGCGGCGCAGGUCCGAGCGCAAGAUCACGCGCCUCGUCGUGAUGGUGGUCACCGUGUUCGUCAUUUGCUGGAUGCCCUUCUACGUCAUCCAGAUCCUCUACGUGUUCGGCGUGCCCACGGACCCCACGGUCACGCAGCUCUUCGUGGUGCUCAGCUACGCCAACAGCUGCGCCAACCCCAUCCUCUACGGCUUCCUCUCGGACAACUUCAAGCGCUCCUUCCAGAGGACGAUCUGCUUGCGCUGGAUGGACGGCGGCAUGGAGGAGCCGGUCGAUUACUACGCCACGGCGCUCAAGAGCAAAGCCUUCAGCCGCAACGACCUGAGCCUGCCCGAGGCGGUGGAGGCGAACAACGCCGUCUACCGCAACGGGACUUGCGCUUCACGCACCACCACGCUGUGAACUCGGGGGGUGAGCCCCUCUGGGUGCCGCGGACUCACGGAGUUGCGGUGGAGGAAAGGGGGGGGGGCGGCUGUGGGAUGGGGGGUGGGUCGACCCCGUGACAGCUCCCA